AUGGUGCGCGCCUCUUUCCUUGCUGGUGCGCCGUUGCUCAGGUUCAAGAUCAAGGAAAAGACCAGGUACAAGCCCCUUGCCGCCGGUGUCUACUAUGAGACCUUACACGAAGCGCAUGAAGCCGGUUGGGUGCUCUCAACCACCUUUACCAAGUCGAGGGCUGCAGGAGGUAAAGCCGGGCAAGGAAAGUGCGGGGAGGGCAUUACCAACGAUGGUCUCGUGCAUGGGCACGUGUACUCCGUGCUCCGGGUAGUGGAAGCUUUUGGCAACAGACUGGUUUGCUGUCGAAAUCCCUGGGGCCAAGGCGAAUGGAAGGGCAAAUGGUCUGAUGCGAACUCCUUCGGUGAGUGGACACCGGAAAUGAAGGAAGCCACGAACUACCGUGGUGGUGACGAUGGCACCUUCUGGAUGAGCAUUGAGGACAAUGUGAUUCUGGCUCGCUGUGAACCAAGGGAUGCGGUUACCGGUUAUUUUCAGCCUUCCCCGAAAUCCUUAGUCGCAACUGACAGCCUCCGGCAACCCACGACUCCGGAGCAGAACAAUCAGUUUGCAGAUCUCCGCUUAGCCGCCAUGGCUGGCGACGAGCAGCGAAGCAAACCCGGCUGGAGCUUGGCGCGGGACAAACCGCGGCCCAAGAAGAAACAGGGCUGGGAAUGUCCAGCUCCGUCGGUCGAGGAUUGGGAAGACUACAAGUUGUGGUUAGAGCAGCAGGAGCGGAAGGAGGAACUGCCUGCAGCCCCUCAAAUCUUCCUCGCCGACUUCUCGCUGCUCUUCCACCAGGAUCCGGACGUCAAGCUUCCAUGGAUCCAUCGCGUGAAGUGUGAACUUCCUCGCCGCGUGGGACGGCUUGCUGGCGACUUGCCCGUCAGGGCCAGCUACAUAGGAUUCGCCACAGACUCUGCCACAGAAGGCUUUGAGUUGUUCAAAGAGGCAAUGGGCGAGAUUGGGAUCGUUUUGUGUCGGCACAUCCACCAUCCUCCGAACAGGUUCGAGCUGGCGCAUCUGGAGCAAUCUGACCUAAUCCUCGUGGAUGGAGGGGACCGCCGUCGGCUCUGGGACACUCUUAGCACAGACCUUGGGGCAAGCGAGGUGGCCGAGCAUGUGAAGUGGCGGUACCUCCAAGGUGCCGUGGUCCUUGCCAUCGGGGAAGCCAUGUCUCUCCUUGGACAGAAAAGUUGGUAUUGUUCUGGAACACAGCAAACGAUCAUUCCAUUCAAGGGCUGGGGAAUUUUCCCUCACAUCGUGGCGCCCGAGACGGAGGAGACUGACCUCGAAGACUUGGUGGAGCAAUUAGGCGGGGCUGGGGUGGUCAUCCUCGGCAUUCAUAAAGGUGCUGGCAUGAUCUUCAACAAGGAUGGGCUUGUGGAGCCCGCGCGGCACAUGAUUCAGGAAUACCGCUGGGACUGGCAGUCCUCCAGCGUGAAGCAGGCAUUGCUUCUCGGGCCUCCCAGAAACACUGGACUUCUUUGUCCGCUCUAUGCUGCGAGCCGCGAUCUCGGGGAUGCAACAGAACUGGAAGAUGUGUACUCGUAUGCCCUCACUCAAGAAGAGGAGGAAGACGAGGAUCACUUAAUGUCACAGUUUGAUCCCAGCGACAGCUGGCUGGAUAUGGAUUCGCGAAAUGAGGUGGAGAGUCUCAAGAAGCAGGGGAACGAAGCGUUCAAGGCAGGCAAAGCAGACCUCUCGGGGCUCUUCUACUCCAAAGCCCAGGUGCUUCUGCGAAGCUCUGCGAAGCCAUGGCGGAACCUGGAUGAGGAGUGGAGGAAGCAACUCGAGGAGAUUCGAAAAGCCAAGAGAGCGGACCCAAGCAGCGACAAGAAGGUGGGCGCGAGCACAGAGCUGGCAAGCUUGGAAAAUUACCAGGCCACCAACUUGCAGCUUUCCAUUCUACUGAAUCUGUGUGCCAGCAGCCUGCUUGCUUACAGCCAGGACGUGGCUCGAAAGGAAGAGAAGCACUCCAAUGAGGAGUUUGAGGGGCCUGAGCGUCCAGUUGCUCGUGCUUCGGCUGAGCAGAUGCUUGUGGAGGUAAAGGAUAACUUGGUCAUUGCAUUCAGGGCGGCCAAUGAGGCGCUUCGGCUCAGCCAGGGCCGCUCUGCGAAGGCUUGGUUUCGCAGGGCCGCCGCCUUUGAGCAAAUGCGAGACCCGCGCAAUGCCUUGCUGGAUCUGGAGGAGGCGCUGCUUCGGGAACCCGGAGACAGAGCCAUUUCCAGAAAGCGGAACGAGAUGCACGAGCUGGCCAGCAAGGUUGCCGAAAACAUGUUCUACGCCCGACACAAGGAGCUGGAUGCCCAAGAGCAGCGCUUGCAAUUGGGCCAACGUCGGGCGCUGCAUCUUCGCGGGUACCUGAACACAGACUCCUACAACGAUGAGGCUAAAGAGUUUGCUGUGGCGCAGCCGGUAGCACGGGAAGUUCACAGCACAUUGGAGGAGGUCGACGGCAGACCGCAGUUGCGACUGCCGACGCCGCCCGAGGCUGCCAAAGAUGCACCAUACCUCCUUAACCACGCCUUGUGGACGUGGGAGUUUCUGGUACAACGAAGCCCUGGUUUGCGAAUUCUUCGCAUCGAGGACGUGGACCUUGGAUCGGGCCCCCUGGAAUGGCUUUGCAAAGGCUUGCGCGGCCACAAGGAGAUCCAAGCGUUGCAGUUGACGGGCGUCCACUUGGGGCCCGCCGGCUCCAAGAUGUUGCGGAACGUCCUGGCACAGAACACGUCGCUGAUUGACAUGCAAUUGGAUCGGUGUGGUCUGCUGGACUCUGGACUGGCCGAGUUAUCAGCUGGUCUGAAGGACCAUUCCGGCCAGCUGGAGUUUCUGUCCCUGCGGCAGAACAUGUGGCUUUGGCUGAAGAAGUGCGAGUGCGAGGAUGACGUGCUGACAGUCAGGGCCUGCGACAUGGCUGAGGUUCACCUCCAGAAAGCUGGGCACCUCGGCUUGCUAAGAGAUCGCUGCAGCUUCGCGGUUUCGGUUGUGGGUACAGGCAAGCUGGCUGAUGUAUUCUGCGGCGAUUGCAGCCUGGGGCUAGGAGAGCUGGAUUUGUCUGGGAAUGCUUUUGGAGUGGCUGGAGCAAAGGAGCUGGCAAAGAUUCUGGGCCCUUUAGCCGCAGAGGAAUGUGUAAUGGGUGACAUACGAGAUGAAUGUGAUCUGCAGCAUGCAGAACCUUGCACAGGCUCGGGCUCGCACCAGCUGAGAGUGCUCCGCCUCCAGGACGGCUGGUCUAAAAGCUGGCAAAUCCACGUGAAACAAGCCCUGUCCGUGCGCAGUGGCAUCGAGACGCUUCUUCGAAAUGCACCGCUGUUUAGCAGAAAGGACUGCCUUCUGGAUCUGGUCGCCAAUCUCGACAAUGGCCGGCCACUGGCCCAACUGGACUUGCGUGUGAAUCCGAUUGGCCGUGGCACUCGACGGUGCUGGCGUAGCACCAUGGCUCCCAACCUCCGCUGCGAGGCCACGACAAUCCUAAACAUGAUAAAGUUGGUGCAUUGUUUUGAGCGCUCUUCCAGCUCAUUUGCCAAUUCGGCUGUUGGAUGCAGGUCCUGCUCUCGGAUCCUUGACUGA